AUGGAGGAGAAGCCCUCGGGAGAGCCCGCACAUGUGGUGUCUAAACUCAGACUUCCCACCACAGGGCACUGGCUAGUGGAAGACCAUGCUCGGAUAUGGGAAGUUUUAAAGACAGAGGAGAGCUCGAUUCAGGACUGGGGUGAAGAGGUAGAGGAAGGAGCUGUUUACCAUGUCACCCUCAAGAGAGUCCAGAUUCAACAGGCUGCCAAUAAAGGAGCGAGAUGGCUCGGGGUUGAAGGGGACCAGCUGCCUCCGGGACACACAGUCAGUCAGUAUGAGACGUGUAAGAUCAGGACCAUAAAAGCUGGCACCUUGGAGAAGCUCGUGGAGAACCUGCUGACGGCGUUUGGGGACAAUGACUUUACAUAUAUCAGCAUCUUCCUGUCCACAUACAGAGGCUUCGCCUCCACUAAAGAAGUGCUGGGGCUGCUGCUGGGCAGGUAUGGGAACCUGACAAGCCCAAACUGUGAAGAAGAAGGAGGCCAAAGUUCAUCAGAGUCCAAGACGGUGAUCAGGAAUGCGAUCGCGUCCAUCCUGAGGGCCUGGCUUGACCAGUGUGCAGAGGACUUCCGAGAGCCCCCUGACUUCCCCUGUUUACAGAAACUGCUGGGUUAUCUCAAGCAGAUGAUGCCAGGCUCUGACCCAGAGAGAAGAGCACAAAAUCUUCUUGAGCAGUUUCACAAGCAAGAAGUAGAAACCGACAAUGGGUUUCCCAACAGCAUCUCCUUCAGCCUGGAAGAGGAAGAGGAACUGGAGGGCGGCGGGUCUGCGGGGUUCACGUGCUUCUCAGAAGAUCUCGUGGCUGAGCAGCUGACCUAUAUGGAUGCACAACUAUUUAAGAAAGUCGUGCCUCACCACUGCCUGGGCUGCAUUUGGUCUCGAAGGGAUAAGAAGGAGAACAAACACUUGGCUCCUACGAUCCGUGCCACCAUCUCCCAGUUUAAUACCCUCACCAAAUGUGUGGUCAGCACCAUCCUGGGGGGCAAAGAACUCAAGACUCAGCAGAGAGCCAAGAUCAUCGAGAAGUGGAUUAACAUUGCUCACGAAUGUAGAAUCCUGAAGAAUUUCUCCUCCUUGAGGGCCAUCGUUUCAGCGCUGCAGUCCAAUUCCAUCUAUCGUUUAAAAAAGACCUGGGCUGCGGUCCCAAAGGACCGAAUGCUGAUGUUUGAAGAGCUUUCAGAUAUCUUCUCAGACCAUAAUAACCACCUGACCAGCCGGGAGCUACUGAUGAAGGAAGGAACCUCAAAAUUUGCAAACCUGGACAGCAGCGUGAAAGAAAACCAGAAGCGGACCCAGAGGCGGCUUCAGCUCCAGAAGGACAUGGGUGUGAUGCAGGGCACUGUGCCCUACUUGGGCACCUUUCUGACCGACCUAACCAUGCUUGACACCGCCCUCCAGGACUACAUCGAGGGUGGACUGAUAAACUUUGAGAAGAGGAGAAGGGAAUUUGAAGUGAUUGCCCAGAUCAAGCUCUUACAGUCUGCCUGCAACAGCUAUUGCAUGAGCCCAGACCCAAAGUUCAUCCAGUGGUUCCAGAGGCAGCAGCUCCUAACAGAGGAGGAGAGCUACGCCCUCUCCUGUGAGAUCGAAGCGGCUGCCGAUGCCAGCGCCACAUCACCCAAGCCUCGGAAGAGCAUGGUGAAGAGGCUCAGCCUGCUGUUUCUGGGGUCGGACAUUAUCACCAGUAGCACUCCCACCAAAGAGCAGCCCAAGUCCACCGCCAGCGGGAGCUCCGGUGAGAGCAUGGACUCCGUCAGCGUGUCAUCCUGUGAGUCAAACCACUCGGAGGUGGAGGAAGGCUCCAUCACUCCCAUGGACACACCCGAUGAGCCUCAAAAAAAGCUCUCCGAGUCCUCCUCCUCCUGUUCCUCCAUCCACUCCAUGGACACAGCUUCCUCAGGGAUGUCGUCCUUGAUGAACCCCCUCUCCUCCCCUCCGUCCUGCAACAACAACCCGAAAAUCCACAAGCGCUCUGUCUCUGUGACAUCCAUUACCUCGACAGUGCUGCCCCCCGUUUACAACCAGCAGAACGAGGACACCUGCAUCAUCCGCAUCAGCAUAGAGGACAGCAACGGCAACAUGUACAAGAGCAUCAUGUUGACGAGCCAGGAUAAAACUCCCGCCGUGAUCCAGAGGGCAAUGUUGAAGCACAAUCUGGACUCGGACCCGGCCGAGGAGUACGAGCUAGUGCAGGUCAUCUCGGAGGACAAAGAACUCGUGAUCCCAGACUCAGCAAAUGUCUUCUAUGCCAUGAACAGCCAAGUGAACUUCGACUUCAUCUUACGCAAAAAGAACUCUGUGGAAGAGCAAGUAAAACUGCGUAGCCGGACCAGCCUGACGUUGCCCAGGACAGCUAAACGGGGCUGCUGGAGCAACAGACACAGCAAAAUCACCCUCUGA